AGGACUCCACUGAAUUACACAGUCUCAGCGAAGACUGCCUUAAGGCUGAACAACACCGCAUAUACCGAAAUCCAGAAAUGUUCCCAGGAAUACUCCCUUUCCAACCACUAAUGUCAUAUCUGCAUCCUUCCUUCAUGAUUCAGCAUCUUACUCAACGCUCGCUGAAGGAAUUUAGACGCUCGGUCGUUGCCGACGAACAGUGGGAAUCUUUCGGAGUUGAUGUGCAAUUGCUCUGUCUCCCAUGGCAGCCUCUGCAUCUCAAUAUCAGAAGAUACGUACCCUCAUGUCACCUCUACUCACUCCAAACACAGUCAAAUUCCCAAGCCAUGGCGAUCCACUAUUCCUUGCCAGUUGGUAUUUACAAACCGGCUCAAAAGGCAACGACGAGAAGGUUCAACAAAUACCUGGACAAACUGAUCAACAAUCAUUUGCCGGAUUAUGCAAGAUUCAUGCAUAAUCUCCGUGGGUUCGACCACUCAAGUAGGACUCUCGAAGUCUUGCUCUUAUGCUUCCAGGAAUGGAAAGACAAAUCAAUUAACAACCCCCAAUGCCCAACCCACGAGUUGGUCCUCAUGGAAAAUGCGAUAAAACUCAUCGCUAUUCAAUCGUUUCUUGGCGUCGGCCUAAUCCUCGAAACUAUCCCGGCAGCAUUUACGCACUCCCCAUUCCCGUCCCCGACUGGCCCCCAGCUCGCUUUUCCAGACAACCAGAUACCUCGUCUCCUCAACCGCCAAAUCAAAACUAUCUUCUUCGCUAUCUACAAGACGCUCCUUUUGCAAGUCCUCAUGGGAUUCAAGGCCGUAGCGUCAAAUAAGACAUCAUGGGGAACAAGUGUUUUUGUAGGCAUAUGUCUCGCAUUCUUACUUGAGCGAAUUGAAGCCGGGAGUCAAGAAUAUCUAUUUUUCGCAAAAAGUGUGUAUAUGGAUGAGGAGGGCGGUCUUGGAGACGCAGAAGCGUAUAGUAGAGAGGUCGAGAGCGUGGUUUUCGACAGGAUAUAUCGGAUUUUGGGGUCGGGGGUCAAGAUGAAGACAGACGGGGCCAAUGCCAUGGCGCUGGAAUUAUUGGACUCUUUGAGGUGGGUGAGAGAAGGUUUUAGUAAGUUUUUGUGUCCGUCCUUUUCUAGCACAAGAAUUAAUUUACCGUAGCAGAGAUUGAAGGAGACGAGAUGCAGCACGCAGAAAUUCGGGCACCGCACUCUUCUCGCCUUGUUUCGGCACUUGCUAAUUUGGUGCUCUACACGUGAGCCCCUGCAUACAUUUUCGAUUCGUGUUCCAUUUAAAGUUUCCGGGCUUAUGUAUCAUGUUGAUUCUUGUUGUAUAUAUACAUAUAUACUGGUAAUUUGACAGUCAGGUUAGAAAAGUAGAUAUUGAGGAAGGAUUGACAGACUCCGAAGAACUGAUACACACAUACGAUACCCUGUUCAAUGUACCAGCAACUUUGGC